CCUGGCUGAGUUUCGUCCCCGCCCUCCAGGCUCGCAGGCGAGAAUCGAAACUGUGCCGGGCUUCUGGAGGAAGGAGCCGCACCGCGCCACCUGCGAGCGCCCCGCACCACUCUGCACGGCCCCGCAGGCCCACCAUGAGUCGGCCCGAGUCCCCCGUCGAAGACCGCACGCGCAGCUCCAGCCCCAGCCCCAGGCUGGCAGAGCAACUCACCUCGGAGGAAUUCCAGUUCCUGCGCUGCCAGGACUGCCAGGCCGAAGCCAAGUGCCCCAAGCUGCUGCCUUGCCUGCACUCGCUGUGCUCGGGAUGUCUGGAGCCGCCGGACUUGCAGUGUCCCAUCUGUAAGGUGCCGAGGCCCCUGGACACCGACCCCCCAGUCCUGGAUAAUGUCUUCUUCGAGAGCCUGCAGCGCCACCUGUCCCUGCACCGGCAGGUCAUGGAUGAGAGGGCCACGUGUACUCGCUGCAAGAACUCCGCCGACUUCUGGUGCUCCCAGUGCGAGAAGCUCUACUGCCCCAAAUGCUACGAGACCCACGGGUACUUCCUCAAGCACGAGGCGCAGCGCCUGGAGGAGAUCCGCUCGCAGCCGGUGCUCCAGUUCCUGGACAGCAUGCGCAAGACCAACAACAUCUUCUGCUCCCACCACAGUCGUCACCCCGACCCCAUGCUGACCAGCAUCUACUGCCGGGGCUGCGCCAGGGCUCUGUGCUGCUCGUGCGCGAUCCUGGACAGCGACGCCCACAAAGACCUCAAGUGUGACAUCAGGCUGGAGAUCGAGCAGCGGCAGGGGGAGCUGGACUCCAUGAAGCAGGUGCUGCAGGCGCGGGAGGUGGCCUUCGGGGCUGCGCAGGCCGAGGUGCAGACAGCGGUCAGUCAGCUGGACCGAGAGCGCGCCAACAUGGAGGAACUGGUCCGCUCCCGCAUCAGCCAGGUGCUGAUGCGCGUCAGGGCGCAGGAGCGCGAGCUGCUGGAGGCGGUGAAUCAGCACUACCAGCGCGACUACGGCGAGCUGGCGGGCCGGCUGCAGCGCCUGGACGCCACGCUGCAGCGCAUCCGCACGGGCAGUGUGCUGGUGCAGAAGAUGAGGCGCUACGCGUCCGACCAGGAGGUGCUGGACAUGCACGGCUUCCUCCGCCAGGCGCUUCACCACCUGAGCCAGGAGGAGCCCCGGAGCGCGGGGGCCGCGGUGCGUGUGGACGGCUUCGAGGAGGUCAAGGCGCGCUUGCAGGACCUGGUCUCAGGCAUCACCCAGGGCACAGAUUUACCUGUGCCUGAGAGAGCCAGCCCACCGCCUGCCAGCACGCCCGAGACUUCUUCUGACAUUGGCUUGGGGGUUGAGGUCCAGGCCCCAGGCCCAGCUGAGGCCCAGCCCGAGGCUGUGGUGCAGCCGAUGCCUGGAGCCCACCCGGUGCCCGUGAACGCCUACUCCAUCAGGGACUGCGUGUGCAGAGAGAACAACCCCCUAGAAGCCACGCCCCAGAAGAGAAAGGCCUGCCAGACCGAGAGCCCCAGGAAGAUGGUGAAGCUGCAGUCUCCGGAGAGGGAGGCGAGGCUGGAGCCGGGGCCCAGCACCUCCCAGGUGGCCUCCCCGCCCCGCUGGGAUGAGCCCGGCAGCCCCAAGGGACCCCACGUGGAAGAUGAGGACUCCACCCCCCACAUCAACCACCUGGCCAACAGCCACAAGGAGGCAGGGGACUGCAUCGUGAUCAACAGCUCGGAGGAGUCAGACACUGAGAACUCGGUUCCUUCACAGAGGCCGGACCAUGCGCCUGUGCAGGGACAGAGGCAUCUGAACGGAGACUCAGGCCCCCCGCCAGCCCGCAGUCUGGAGCUCUCUAUCGGAAAGCACGCGGGAGCUGCGGAGACCAGCGCCGCGUCCUCCUCGCUAGCCGACCUGCUGUUGCCCAUACCCUCCGCUGCACCCCCCGACACGCCCACGCCCCCGACUUCGCUUCCCCCACAACCUGCCCAGCAAGACUCAGAGAACUGCGGCCAGCCUGCUGGCCCCCCAGAGCAGGUCCCAGGCCAGCAAGGGAGGGGCUUCCCGUCAGGCGGGAGGAUCAGGAUGUCGCGCCUGCUCUUUCGACGAGGCUUCCACAACCUGCCCUUGGCCUGUGCCCCCACGCGCGCCUGUCAGCCAACCCCCAGCCAGCAGGCCAGCCCCGAAGACUUCACCCCGCACCGCCCAGCCGGCCGGGCACGGAGGCCAGCGCCAGCCCGCUCCCGCCCGUCGCUGCGGGGACGCUCCCGUGUCACCCGGUGGCUCAACGCUUUCUUUGCUCUGCCUCUGUCCACAGUGACUGCCCAGCUGAAUCCCGCUGCCAGCAGAGCCCUGGAGGACCAGGGAGCUCGCCCUGCGGCCGCCACAGCCCCCAGACAGAACGCACAGGGGGUUCUUCCACACACAUUCCCCCCGCCCCACUGAUGCAGCCCCCCGUGAAACCUAGAACCUCCCUUUGCGGCUGCUGGCCACCUCCCUCCAGUCCCACCUCGGCUGCUUGCCCACUCUCGGGGCCCAGCCUCCAGGCUGCUGCUGAUCUGUCCUGUCCGCCUUGCUUGAGGACAGCUCCAGGCACAUCACCUUUAGCCACGGUGACUUGACAGCUGCCACCUUUGCGUCAGAUCCCUUGGCCUCUUCUCUCUCCCUCUGCACCUCCCCCUGCCGCAUCUCUGACCCCAACCUGAUACUUUCCCACUGGGCCUGUGCCAAGACCCCCCGGCCCUGGGUCCCCAGGUGCAGGGUCUGCCUCAAGGCUGGCGGGGAGGCACCUGGCUCCGUAGAUGUGGGUUUCGAGACUCAUUCCCAUGCGGUCACCCAGUUCUCCCGUGGGCGACCACAUGUCUCCUCCCCCGGACAUCAGAGGUGGGCAGCGAGGCCAAGACUCUCCACCCCCUGGACCCUUCCAGCCCAUGCCGAGAAAACCCCAGGGAUCUGGGUGCCCAGCCCCUGUGGUGGUAUCACUGCCCCCUGCCCAGCUCACUGCCACUCCCCGCCAAGGCCCAGGCAGGUUUUGUCUCCCUGCCCAGGGGCUUUCCUGGGCUUUAUCGAUAGCCACUGCCCUGGCCUUCCCUCCUUGGCCACUCCGGGGGCUGCUCUACACUUUGUCUCUGCAGCACCCCCUGGAGGCUACAGAUGGGGAAAAGCCAAACAAAGACCUUUGUUUUGUUUGCCUUGCCCAUGUCGGCCAGCUGCCUCGCCUGCCCAAGUUACUAAACUGACCCCUGAGGCAGCCCCAAGUGUGAUGGGAAAAGAAACCAGUUAUCUUCCCCAGACUGGCGGGAUGCUCCAGCUCCUGCCUCAGAACAGCCCCUCUGCCGAGCUCGAGUCCAUUCAGCAACCCCCUUCUCUGCCCCACCCCCCUCGCUGGCUCCACCUCUGUCCGCACCCACUCCCCGCCAUUCUUCUCCCCAGCACAUCACCUUUUCCUUCCUGGCUUCUCUGUGCUACACACACACACACACACACACACACACACACACACACACACACACAGAGGCGGAGGGGCAGGUCCAGGCAUGAACUGUGAGGCUGGGGUCUCAGGGGCCCCUGCCGGCCUGUGCGAUUAAACUUGGGUCUGCAGAAAAAGCGUUGUCUGUGUUUGAUGUGGCUGCGCUCACCAGUUGCGUGGCCAGGACAGACAGGGAGGGCCGUGCUCGGGGUGUCCACGAGACCAGCCCCGGAGAGUGGUCAUCCUUUCUGAGAGCCCCUGUAGGCGAAGAGGCGAGAGAGACAGUGGUCUGGCCGGCAGCUCAGCCUUCCCUCCAGGGGCGCCUGGGCAGGGCUGUCCUUUCGUCGGUCUGCAGAGGACAUUUCCAUGCUGAAGGACAGGACAGGAGCACAGGACUGGGGAGCUCUGGACACUGGGAGCCAGCAGGGUGCUCAGCCCUGAGCCAACCUGCUUCCGAGUGAGGCUGAUGGGGCUGCUGAGGCGUCACCAGGAGGAACAGGUUGAAGCACGGGAGCCCAGCCCGGGCCCUUGCAGCUCAGUCCAGAGCAGAGAGAAGAAGAGGGGAAACCCAGCGUGCCGUGCUGGGACCGCAGAGAGGACGCGGCCGAGGGGCAGCUUGUCAGCAGUGACCAGGAGCGGCCUGGCAGGGCCAAGCAAGGGCGUCUGGCCUUCCCACCAACCCCAGAGCAAAGGGAACCAUGCAGCGCUGGCAGGAGAAGGGCCAGCGCCCCCCACCCCGCCCCCUGCCGCGGGGCAGGACAGAGUGACCGCCGA